UGUUUAUUUUUUAUUUGUUUAAAUUAGUUAAAAACCAUUGAACAUUAAUUAAAGAUAAUACAUUAUGUUUGUGCUGUCAAAUCUCUACACCGCAAGAUUGAUGCGGUCAGCUGCUACGGUCUCCAAAACAAUACAAACGGAAAAAGUUAACUUUCGCAAAGUUCAGUCAAACCAUAAUAUAUAUUUUAAAAAUUAUUGUAAUUGUAAUAAAAUGACUGUUCCGACUAUAAUGCGGGUAAUGGCUUUAUCCAUUACAACUGCAAACCGUGCUGGUACCAUAAUAAGAGAUGUCAUGAAAAAAGGCAAUUUAAAUAUAGUAGAAAAAGGCAAAGAUGACUUGCAAACAGAAGCCGACCGUUCGGCACAACGUUGCAUAAUUGCAUCUUUAACAAAAGAGUUUCCAAAUAUAAAAAUAAUCGGCGAAGAAGGUGGUUCUGACUUAAAUGUUAAAGAUGAUUGGUUAGUUAAGGAAUCCGAUGCAGAGUUUUUAAAACAAAACUGUCCAGAAGAACUCCAAGAAUUAAAAGACGAAGAUUUUGUUAUAUGGGUAGACCCACUUGAUGGCACAUCUGAAUAUACGCAAGGGUUCCUAGAUCACGUUACUGUACUUAUUGGCGUAGCAAUUAAAAAUUGCGCAGUGGGUGGUGUAAUACACCAGCCUUAUUACGAAAAUGAUGGUGGAAUGUUAGGUCGUACCAUAUGGGGCCUAAAAGGUUUAGGUAUAGGUGGUUUUGUACCUUCUUAUCCGCCCGAUAAUAAACUAAUUAUAACCACAACUCGUUCUCAUUUCAGUCCAAGUGUACAAGCUGCUUUGGAUGCGCUAGCGCCCAAUGAAGUGAUAAAAGUUGGUGGAGCUGGGUUUAAAGUGUUACAGUUAUUGGAAGGAAAGGCGCACGCUUACGUAUUUCCUAACCCAGGAUGUAAAAAAUGGGAUACUUGUGCUCCGGAAGCAGUGCUGGAGGCUAAUGGUGGUACCCUUACAGAUAUGCUUGGCGACCACUACUCAUAUAAUGCCUGUAUCGAAUUUCCAAAUAAACGAGGCGUUUUAGCUACAAACGGAAAAAUCGAUCACUGCGAAAUACUGAAAAAAAUUCCAGAAAGCGUAUUAGAAGUUAUGCGGAAGUAAAAAUGUACGAUAAUUUGUCAAAACAAUUAGAAGAAAUAUAUUUUUUAUAAUUUUCUCGCGUAAUUGAGGUAUUUACGUAAUUAUAAAAUCAAGUAUUUCAUACACAUAUACUGGGCUAUUAUAAUUUCUAUUUACUUUAAGAUAUAG